AUGCUGAUAGGAAUUUGUGGCGCAAAAUGCGCCGGUAAGAGCACAGUAGCUCAAUACCUAAUAGAGCAUCACGGCUUUAAGAAGCUACACUUGAACUUAUCAGCACCUAAGAUUGAGUCUCAUCCGGACGCAUCCGAUUCCGAUGCAGGUUUGAUUAUCUCCGAUGUCCUUAAGAAAGGUCUCCCUCUAUCUCGGAAGCAGAUAUCCCCAUCUUAUACCUUCUCUACAACUACGGCCCUUCUAGACUUCGUAACGAAGCACUGGCGCUCGCGCUGGGUCACAACAGACAUCCAUAAUGAGACUGUUCUCGAGACUCUGAAUCGACGACCAUUCUUCAUUCUAAUCAGCGUUGACGCGCCUCUGACCGUGCGGUGGCAGCGUUACCAGCGGCGAGAUCGGGAGCAGCAGGAGACGGAAAACGAAGACCCUAUUAGCCUGGAAGAGUUUGUAUCCCAAUCUGAUCAGCAUCUCUAUGAUGCUACAUACGGUGUUCUCCCGCUCAUGUCACGGGCCGCGAUCCGGUUGCUGAACACCUCCUCAGACCUUGCACACCUGUACGCCACGCUGGGUAAGCUGGACUUGCUGAACCCCGACCGCUUGCGCCCUAGCUGGGAUAGCUACUUUAUGUCAUUAGCAUCCCUCGCGGCGCAGAGGUGUAAUUGCAUGAAACGCGCCGUAGGGUGCGUACUAGUAGAUUCCAGACAUCACGUCAUCAGCACGGGCUACAACGGGACCCCACGGCACCUAUUGAACUGCGGCGAAGGUGGCUGUCCGCGGUGUAACUCGGGAGAGAGCAGCGGAGCGGCAUUAUCUACCUGCCUUUGCCUUCAUGCAGAGGAAAAUGCCUUAUUAGAAGCCGGCCGUGAGAGGAUUCGCGACGGAAGCAUUCUGUACUGUAACACAUGUCCAUGCUUGACGUGUAGUAUAAAAAUCGUACAGGUUGGUAUUAGUGAGGUAGUGUAUAGUCAAGGAUAUAGCAUGGAUACCGAAACGGCCGAAAUCUUUCGGAACGCUGGGGUGAAGUUAAGACAGUUUUCUCCGCCGGCCAACGGACUAAUACAUCUCGAGAAGAUGGAGCUCUACUGA